AAGAAGUCAAUCAAACUAAUAUGCUUAUAAAUUUAUGUUUAAAAGAAACAAACAAGGUAAAGAACUUAUACCCUACAAUAAUGAUUGAUUGAUUAUUUUUAUUUCCUUUCUCUUUAUUAUUAUUGUUUUAAGUCAACAUGAUACCCUUACAAAAAAACAUACAUUCCCCCUUAAUUUCCUACAUUACAAAUAUAAAUACCUCUCUUUUUUUGCUCUCAACCUACAACCAACCCACUCAACUUCUCUCAACUUCCUCUCUAAUUUUUUUUUGUUAAAUUAGUAAAAAUGUUGAAGAAGAUUAGAGUGGUAAAAUCCUUGUCUAAUCUUUCCAAGAAAACAAAGGCGACGAUCAACAAAGUUGAUAGUUGCCAUUCUUGUGAGUAUUCACAUCGACAAUCUUUGCUAGUCAAGGGAUCGUUAGAGGAAGAUUCAUUUUCUCCCACGAAGAUCCCUACAGGGUUCUUCGCGGUAUAUGUUGGGGAGGGGAGGGAAAGAUUUCUCGUCCCCACGAGUUUUCUUUCUCAUCCCCUCUUCAAGAUAUUGCUAGAGAAGACUUAUGAUGAGUUCGGGUUUGAACAAAAGAAUGGCCUUAUUGUACCAUGUAGCGUUUCGACUUUUCGAGAAGUGGUUAACGCCGUAGAGAGUAACCAUGGAAGGUUUGACAUGAGAAAACUCUUUGAGGAAGUUGUUGUUUGAUCAUUUGUAUGUAAGUAUGUAUAUAUAAAAGAGUUAUAAUCAUAGAGUUUAAUUAAGUUUAAUUGUAGGUGAUUAAAGGUGAUGAGGCAAUUAUUUUGUAAUUAAGUCUCUGUAAUACUUGUAGAUUUAGGAAACUCUUUAGAGUAAUUUCCAAGGAGUAUGUAGUAAAAAUGCAUUCCCAUGGAUUUGCUGUAGAUUAUGUGGUUGAUAAAUAUAAUAUGAUCACGUAUGACAUGUUUUAUUUUA